UUGGAUUUUCGGUUUUUUUCUUUCUGAGUUUCGUUUUUUCCUUAGCGGAAUACUAGUAGUCCGUACUCCUCGCCGCUACGACCCUGACCGCGCCGCCGCCGCCGCCGUCGCCUUCUCAACUUUGACGGCGAGCAGCCGCGUCGCAGCGGUCUGAGCCAGGGUACCACCACCAGGGCCGACCUCCGGACAUGGCGGCGGGGGCGUGGGCCGCGCUCAGGUCGGUCGUGAAGCCCUGCAUCGCCGGCUCCCUCAUCGGCCUCACCGUCUCCGACCGCUACUUCUCGGUCGCCGCCGUCCGAGGCGCCUCCAUGCACCCUACCUUCGAGGGCAUGACAGGUGAAUACGCGUUGGUGGAGCGGCUCUGCCUCGAGCGCUAUGACUUCUCCCGCGGCGACGUCGUCACCUUCGUGUAAGCUCGCUCGCCGCCUCCGCCGACGCCCCGGCCGGACUGCUUCCAGAGCGUUCCCUGAUGCUUCCAGUGGGUCAUGGGUGUGGCGGACGCCGGUGGACCACGGGAGGAAGGCGAUCAAGAGGGUGAUUGGGCUGCCCGGCGACUGGAUCAGCGUCCCGGAGACGAAGGAGAUCCGGAAGAUACCGGAGGGCCACUGCUGGCUCGAAGGGGACAAUGGCAGCGUCAGCCGGGACUCGAGAACCUACGGCCCUGUGCCGCUUGGUCUGGUGCAGGGGAGGGUGACGCACGUGGUGUGGCCGCCCCGCAAGAUAGGCCGCGUCGACCAAAGGGUACCGGAAGGAAGGGUCAUGGCGCAGUGGAAUCUCUAGCCUCCCCAUCUUCCUUCCCCGGUUGCUUUGUCCCGCAGUUUUGUUUGUUCUCACAGGAGAUUCAUCAUGUAACAAUGUAACAUCAGCGGCAGGAGGAGGGCAUUUGCUGCUCUGCCGUCGCUCGAGUAUAGGCACAACGAUAGAGAGUUUCUUCUUUUGUAACCUUUAUGGGCUGUAGGAACUCAUAAUUGUAAGGGGAAGCAGAGCUUUUGGUAGGAGCCUGCUAGGCUAGGUAGCUGUUGCCACUGAAUUCGUCUGUGGAUCCGGUGUGUUUUCGGUGGUUAAGUUCCGCUUCUGAUGAAUCACCA